AUGGGUGAUUCUCCUCAUUCAAUUCCGACCUUCAAUUCAUUGAGCACUUCCUCUACUUCUUCAACUUCGUCACUUUUAAAUCAAACACCUAUAAGUACAAGCCUACCAUCUUUUUCCUCCUCAGUCUCUACUUAUGUAGGGCCAGUCGCUCAAUCGAGUGGAACAACAAAUGUUCAGAUAGCAACGGAGAACAAUGGAGCUUUGCCUUCCACUUCAGUGCACCAGCAGCGUCAGAUAACUCAAGCUUCUCAAUCUUUCUCUUCAUAUCGCGCUCCUCCUCCGCUUUCAGGUCGAAAUGGGCCAGUCUCUAUAAACUCGUCGACUGCUUCUGCGUUGAAUAUAGCUUCACCGACAUCCUUGGUGCCACCGACUCCACGGAUGGAACGGUCGAAUUCUACAUCUACCAUGUAUUCUGCUUCUGGAUCUAUCCAUGAGAAAUCUAUGUCUGCUAGUUCCAUUACAGUAAAUUCUCCCAGUGCAAUUUCUAGCGUGCCCUCACAUAAAGAAUCUGAAAGAUAUGAACAUGAUAAGUGGAGUUCUUUGGUCGCAAAAGUUUUACCCUUGUUCAAUGGUGAGGGAUUAAAAGCAUGCAUUGAAGAUUUGAACGAAUUGGUAAGGUAA